AUGUUUUUCAAGUCCAAAGAACGUGGGACAGCCGUUGACCAUGGUCCGGAGACCCAUCGUACCUUCGAGAAUAGCAAGCCCGAAGAGAGCCAUGUGGAGAGCAUCCGUCAUUCCCAGGUCCACUACAAAAUAGACCCUACUUUAAGCAAACGUCUCGAUCGCAAGCUUUUCGCGUUCAUCGAUAGAAGCAAUAUUGGGAAUGCCAAGAUCGACGGCCUUUUGGAGGACCUCGAUAUGGUAACUGGCACGAAGUUCAAUGUUGCAUUGUUGGUCUUCUACAUCCCGUACAUCCUCGUCGAUGUUCCGAGCAACUGGAUUGUGAAGAAAGUCCGAGCCGGCGUCUAUCUGCCAACUCUCAUCACUUGCUGGGGCAUCGUAAGCACGUUUCUUGGCUUCACAAAAUCCUUCGCAGGUCUUGUGAUCUGUCGAUUGCUUCUUGGACUCUUCGAGGGCGGCCUACUUGGAGGUAUCGUUGUGUACCUGGCAAUGUUCUAUCGUCGACAUCAGAUGCUGUAUCGCAUCGGCCUAUUUUACUGCGCAGCACCCUUAUCUGGCGCUUUUGGAGGGCUGCUCGCCACAGGUUUAGCAACGAUACGACAUGGUGGCUAUAACCGGUGGCCUUGGAUCUUCUUUGUGGAGGGUGCAAUUACAACCGUCUUCGGUGUAACCUGCUUCUUCUUUAUGCCAAGCACGCCAGCGGAUGCGAAGUUCCUCACAACGGAUGAACGUACACAGGCCAUGAGAAGAUUAAGAGAAGACUCACAUGGUGCUACUGACGUUGAAGACGUCAAUGAUGAGCACUUCAGCUGGCACUGGGUGAGGAUGGCUGUGCUCGCGCCGCAGACAUACUUUUGUACUCUGGCAUGGAUAUUCCUUCUUAUUCCCCUUUACAGCUUCUCGCUUUUUCUACCAUCGAUCAUCCAGGGCCUCGGAUAUCGCAGCACCACUCAGAUCCAGCUUCUCACAGUUCCGCCCAACAUCGCCGCUUUUCUUGUCGUGCUCGCCACGUCUGCUCUUUCGGACAAAAUCAAGGCACGAGGUCCUGUCAUGGCUGUUGGAAGCAUGGUAGCUUUGUGUGGGUAUGUCAUGAUUCUUGCCUCAAAGUCAAGCAAUGUUCGCUAUGGGGGUACGUUUCUCAUUGCAACGGGAGUCUUCCCUGGAAGUGCGAUGAUCAUGGGCUGGCUAUCCAACAAUUUGGCUCCUCACUAUGUUCGUGCUACCGGAGUUGGGUUGUUGAUUGGCCUAGCAAACACAUCUGCCUUUCCAGCCACGUUCAUUUACCUGCAGAAGGAUGCUCCGGAUUAUGUUUUGGGCCACUCGGUCUGCAGCGGGGAGAUCGAGAUGAGCGACUGCACGGGAAUAGGAUUCACCUUCUUGGACAUCGACACCCAGCUUAUCGGUACACCUUAUAAGCUUUAA